CAAUGUUAUGCACACCGCAGAAUUUAUCCAUCAUUUGAAAACGUACACAGCAAUUUCUGCUCGUGUUUCGCCGAUAAAUAACGUUUCGCUCAGAUUUUUAUGUCAUCGUCUAACAGAGAGUAAAAUUUGCGACCGUUAAAGGCAAAUGCCGUGGUCGGGCCGGAUGGGGAAAAGACCCAGAAGUACCAAGUAUCGGACCCCACGCUGCCAAACAAGACCCCCAAGAUGCCCUUGCUUAUAAGGUGUUGUGGAUGUCCUCUUUUUUUAAACUCUGUUGGAUUCUGAUAAUUAAUCUGUGAGCUGAUGGGAUUGGAUAUUGGUUAAAUUGCGGUGUUCCGGACGACUAUACGCUUGUUUCAGGGGGCUUGAUCCUGUUUCACACACGUCAUCACUAGACAUUGUCUUUCGUCGCCAUACAGGACUGAUAUUCGACCAACUGGUCGAUUUAUGAGUCAAUAUCAAUAUGACCGAGCAAGAAUAUACUCCAAUUCCUCAGCCGCCAGGUGUUCCACUCCUCGGCAAUAUUUUUGACAUCGACGGCGAGGUCCCCUUGACCAGUCUGGAGCUUCUCGCCGACACCUAUGGCCCCAUAUAUCGACUUACAACGUUCGGUGUCUCACGAGUCUUGAUUAGUUCUCAUGAAUUAGUCGACGAAGUAUGCAAUGAAGAACGCUUCCGCAAGGCUGUUUUCUCUGGCUUGCGGGAAAUUCGCCAUGGCAUCCAUGAUGGACUGUUCACUGCAGAUUAUCCCGGAGAGGAGAACUGGGCGAUUGCUCACCGUGUGCUGGUUCCGGCUUUUGGCCCGAUAAUGAUUCGAGGGAUGUUUGAUGAAAUGUAUGAUAUCGCCACACAGCUCGUGCUGAAAUGGGCCCGACAGGGCCCCAAGCAUGCUAUUACGCCUACAGAUGACUUCACUCGUUUGACUCUGGACACCAUCGCACUGUGCGCGAUGGGCACUCGCUUCAACAGCUUUUAUCAUGAAGAAAUGCAUCCCUUUGUCGACGCCAUGAUGGGUAUGUUGAUAGGUGCCGGUCAACGCGCCCGUCGCCCUGGCAUUCUCAAUGGUCUCCCAACCAGCGACAACACGAAAUUCUUCAACGAUAUCGCUGCUUGUCAGAAGAUUGCGCGUGAUCUGCUUGAGGAUCGACGCAAUAACCCCGAGCCAGAGAAGAAGGAUUUGCUGAAUGCUAUGAUUCUGGGCAGAGAUCCGAAGACUGGUCAGGGACUAAAUGACGAUACGAUUAUUAACAAUAUGAUUACAUUCUUGAUUGCGGGCCAUGAAACGACUUCCGGAUCCCUCUCAUUCUUGUUUUAUUUUCUUCUAAAAACCCCUCAUGCGUAUAAGAAAGCACAGGAAGAAGUCGACAAUGUCAUUGGUCGCAGGAAGAUUACCGUUGAAGACCUCUCCAAAUUACCUUAUAUCAACGCCUGCCUACGGGAAGCCCUACGGCUGAGACCUACUGCGCCCGCCAUCGUUGUCGAAGCACACCCAACAAAGAACCACGAAGAUCCAGUAACUCUCGGAAACGGUAAAUAUAAGCUCGAAAAGGGAGAAAAAGCCGUCAUCAUCAUCCCCAAACUUCAUCUCGACCCUGCAGUCUGGGGUGAGGAUGCAGCCGAAUUCAAACCGGAGCGCAUGCUCGACGGUAAAUUUGAAAAAUAUCCCAAAAACGCCUGGAAGCCAUUCGGGAAUGGUAUGAGAGGGUGCAUUGGGCGGCCGUUCGCGUGGCAGGAGAUGCUCAUUGUGGUGGCUAUGCUGCUCCAGAACUUCAAUUUCCAGCUCGAUGACCCGAGCUACAACCUGCGCAUCAAACAGGCGUUGACGGUCAAACCAAAGGACUUCCAAAUCAGAGCGACUCUUCGAGAGGGCCUCGAUGCUACAACCUUGGACUCGGUUCUGAACAGCGGUCAAGCAACUAAGCUUGCGACCCGGGAGCAGAAGCAUGUAGCUGCGAGUGGCCCCGCUGAGGCUGGAAAGCCUAUGCAUAUCUUUUUUGGAAGCAACACCGGAACCUGCGAGGCAUUUGCGCGACGAUUGGCUGAAGAUGCUGCUGGGUUUGGCUACUCAGCACGUAUCGACUCGCUUGACUCGGCGAUGCAGAAGAUUCCCAAGUCGGAUCCGGUUGUGUUUAUUACCGCUUCGUACGAAGGCCAGCCGCCAGAUAAUGCCGCUCUGUUCUUUGAAUGGCUUAAUGGAUUGAAGGGGAAUGAAUUAGAGGGCGUCAACUACGCUGUCUUCGGAGCCGGUCACCGUGACUGGGCUGCAACCUUCCACCGCAUUCCAAAAGCUGUGAAUAAUCUUGUGUCAGAACGCGGUGGUAAUCGCCUCUGUGAAAUUGGAGUGGCGGACACGGCCGAUGCAGACAUUUUCACCGCGUUCGACACCUGGGGCGAAUCCUCGUUUUGGCCGGCGAUGCAAUCACAGCUCGGAGCAAAGUCUAACGGCAAGAAAUCGAAACCAAAGUCUGCAUUGGAUGUGAAAAUCAGCUCUGGAAUGCGCGCAACAACAUUGGGUCUGAAUCUCGGCGAGGCUCUUGUCGUGGAGAACCAACUGCUGACUUCUCCUGACGUCCCCGAUAAACGCUUGGUGAAAUUUCAAUUGCCGUCUGAUACGAGCUACCAAUGUGGUGACUACCUCGCCGUGCUGCCUGUGAACCCCAGCAAUGUCGUUCGCAAAGCCAUCCGCCGGUUCGGUCUGCCAUGGGAUGCCAUGCUCACAAUCCAGAAAGCACCUGGGGCAACAUCAGGUCCGUCGAUCCCACUAGACACCCCCAUAUCCGCAUUCGAAUUGUUAUCCACCUAUGUUGAGCUUUCCCAGCCAGUCUCGAAAAGAGAUAUCAACGUCCUUGCGGAUGCCGCUGCUGCAGACCCAGACACACAAGCAGAACUACGCUUCAUCGCCUCGAGCCCGACCCGGUUCGCUCAAGAUAUUGUAGCCAAACGCAUCAGCCCCCUAGACUUGCUCAUCCGAUACCCCAAAAUCGACCUCCCCAUCGGCGACUACCUGUCCAUGCUCCCUCCCAUGCGGGUGCGCCAAUAUUCGAUUUCAUCAUCUCCAAUCCGAGACCCGUCGGAGUGCUCCGUCACGCUAUCCGUCCUCAACUCUCCCUCUCUAUCCGCCGCCCACGAUAUGUCCGAGGAGGAGCGCUAUCUCGGCGUGGCAUCGACCUACCUCUCGUCCCUGAAACCGGGCGACCGUGCGCACGUCUCCGUUCGUCCGUCGAACAGCGGCUUCAAGCCGCCGGUCGAUCUGCAGACGCCAAUGAUCAUGGCUGCGGCGGGCAGCGGAAUUGGGCCGUUCCGGGGGUUCAUCAUGGAUCGGGCAGAGAAAAUCAAGGCUCGCGGCGGUGACAGCGACUUGAAACCGGCCACGGCAAUUCUGUAUGCGGGCUGUCGCACAAAGGACAAGGAUGAUCUGCACGCUGAGGAACUCGCGGAGUGGGAGCGGCUGGGUGCGGUGCAGGUUCAUUGGGCGUAUUCACGACCGGAGGGUACGGGGCAAAAGAAAGGGUAUGUUCAGGACGCGAUGCUUGCUAAUGGUGCGGAUCUGAUUGAUUUGUUUAACGCGGGUGCUCGGAUUUAUGUCUGCGGUAGUAAUAGUGUUGGGAAUGGCGUUCGUGAGACUAUUAAGAAGUUGUAUGUGGGUGAGAGGAGGAAGAAGUUGGCCGAUGGGUCUGUGACGCAAAAAAUGAGCCCUGAACUGGAUGAGGAGGCAGCGGUGGAGAGGUUUUUCGAGAUGUUGAGGACAAAUGAGAGAUUUGUGACCGACGUUUUUACCUGAUAUGGCUCAUGGGUUCAGGGGUUCAAUGGUGACAUGUUAUGAUAUGAUUUUAGUACGUUAAUGGUCAUUUCAACUGAUCUGCUUAUCAACCCCAUCCAGCCAAUUACAGUAACAUUGAACGUUUGAAGGGGGCCAACGUGUGAAUAUAGCACCACAAAAAUGGAUUGGGUAUACCUAUGUAAGGG